CGCUCCCCUCGCUGGCAGCGCUCGCUAAGAUGGCGGAUUUCCUGCCGUCCCGCUCCGCGCUGUCCGGCUGCUUCCCCGGCUGCCUCCUCACCAGCGGCGAGGCCGAGCAGCAGCGCAAGUCCAAGGAGAUCGACAAGUGCCUCAACCGCGAGAAGACCUACGUGAAGCGCCUCGUCAAGAUCCUGCUGCUGGGCGCGGGCGAGAGCGGCAAGUCCACCUUCCUCAAGCAGAUGCGGAUCAUCCACGGGCAGGACUGGGACCGCGCGGCCCGCGAGGAGUUCCGCGCCACCAUCUACAGCAACGUGAUCAAGGGUGUGCGAGUCCUGGUGGAUGCCAGAGAGAAGCUGCACAUCCCUUGGGGGGAUCCUGCCAACCAGAGCAACGGUGACAAGGUGAUGGCUUUCGACACGCGCGCCGUCACCGUGGCGCAGGGCAUGGUGGAGACCGGGGUCUUUUUGGACUACCUGCCUGCCAUCCGAGCCCUGUGGGCAGACAGUGGCAUCCAGCACGCCUAUGACAGGCGCAGGGAGUUCCAGCUGGGGGAAUCUGUAAAGUAUUUCUUGGACAACUUGGAUAAACUUGGAGAACAAGAUUACCUUCCCUCCCAGCAAGACAUCCUGCUGGCACGAAGGCCCACCAAAGGGAUUCACGAGUACGACUUUGAAAUCAAGAAUGUCCCUUUCAAGAUGGUGGACGUGGGCGGCCAGAGGUCGGAACGGAAGCGGUGGUUCGAGUGCUUUGACAGUGUCACAUCAAUUUUGUUCCUGGUGUCCUCCAGUGAGUUUGACCAAGUGCUGAUGGAGGACAGGCAGACGAAUCGCCUCACGGAGUCCCUGAACAUUUUUGAAACGAUAGUCAACAACCGGGUGUUCAGCAACGUCUCCAUCAUCCUCUUCUUGAACAAAACGGACUUGCUUGAGGAAAAAGUACAGAAAGUCAGCAUCAAAGACUAUUUCCCAGAAUUUGAAGGGGAUCCCCACUGCUUAACAGAUGUCCAAAAAUUCCUGGUGGAUUGUUUUCGCACGAAACGCCGGGACCAGCAGCAGAAGCCCCUGUACCACCACUUCACCACUGCUAUUAACACAGAGAACAUCCGGCUAGUUUUCCGUGAUGUUAAAGAUACCAUCCUGCACGACAACCUCAAGCAGCUGAUGUUACAGUGAUGUGCAAAAAGACUGCUUUACUUCAGUAACUCUUGUGUGUUGUUUUUUUAACUAGAAGUUUACAGCAGGAGUAGAGAAAUCCAGAUCCUGUCAGACUUCUUGAUAUGUGGCUGAAAGCUGCUGCUGAACACGUUAUUGCCAAUUUCUGCAGAAAUUCAGGCUUAAUCUCUUCCAGUGUAGCUUCAAGUUGACUCAAGUUGUAAUUUCAUAGCAGACCUAUAUCUAAGUUACCUGUAAGGUGGUAAAUUUGACCUUUUACCAACAUAUGUAUUAUCCUAGAAAAUCCAGAAUUCCAAGUCAAAACGUCAAUGAAAUUGUUGCAAUUAUUAGACUGUGGCAGUAAUUUAAGGUGGGGGGGAGAGAGAGAAACUUCUCACAUCUGAUUUCAUUGUGAAGACUGUGAUACCAUAGCUGACUUAUGAUUUCUCAGGUCUGUUUUUGGUUAGAAAUCCCAUCAGAUCCCUUGCUGGAAUCAUCUCUUUGCAGCCCAUUCCUGGGUGUAACGUACUCCCUGCUUAAGUAUAAAUCAUGGCAUUGGGAUGGAAUAGGAGAUGCUUCAAAAAUAUGGAAAAUCAGGAGUUUCAGACAUAUCUAUCAGGAAGUGCUGAGUGCAGUGAUGAGGGAUUCAUGGUUGGCACAGUACACAGAUUCUCUCCAGAGGUGUCCUGGAGCCAUGGCAAAGCACAGAGCACUCUGAUCAAUCCUCUUGGCACUCUGGUGUGGGAAGGGGGGAGCAAGCCCAGCUUGUGUUUUUUACCUUCACUGAGCAGAUGUUACCUGUGGGUCACCUGUUCUGGAAGCUCUUUAACUUAGCACUGCUUUAUUUGAACUCCCUGCCUCCUUGCCAGGUGCCUCCUCUGAGUCAGGAGCAUUUGCUGAUGGAGAGAAGGACUUGCAAACCUAAGUGCCUCCUUGUGUUCUGUCCUCCUCUGGUAUUUUCAGUGGCCUUAUGAAUUCCCAGCAGAGGCCUUGUGUAGCUGACACCAUGCAGAUGAAUGUUUUCUUCUGAAAAAAUUAAAGACCUUGUCCCAGCAAAAUGUGCUUGAGCUGAUGAGGUUCUUUCUGAGACUUUCCAGUUGGGUCUAAGCAAUCCUAAGUGUACUUGAGCCAAAUAUGUUGCACAGCAUCUUCCAGAGUGCUGCUUGUGACUAUUUUACCCAAAGUCCUUUUGCAGUUUUGUUUCAUUUCUUAUGGGGAGUUGUUAGCGUUGCCAUGUGAUUAAAAGAAGAAAUUAUAAUAAUAAUAAUAAUGAAAAAUAGUGAAAAUAAAGCAAUCCUGAUGUACCCCACAGCACACUGCAAAAAGAGAGUGAGAUUGUGAUACAAAAAUCAGUGUCCCUACCAGGUUUCCCCCAGGCUGUAGUGGUGUGGGCAGCUCAGCUGCCACUCUGCCCCAUGGAAUUGGCCAAUUCCUGUGGAUCAUGCUGGUGGCCAAUCCUUGAAUGCUUCUUUGUUCUCAUCCCACAAGCCAGGGGUGGUGUGGUGGUGUCACUGCUGGGAGCAGUGGCCCUGCCAGGACAUAGGAAAGCUGCCUGUCUCCUGAACUUAGCCUUUACUUACUGUGACUGUAAGUUUAUUAACAUCUCUGUACCUCGUUCUCCUGGCAGUAGAAGGGGAAUAGUGUAUUUUUAUUUAGUUAGGUGCUUGGAAAGACCUCUAUUUUUUUAUAUUAUCCAGUGAAUAGUCAUAGGUUAGUCUGUGAUUCUGGCCAUCAGGCACUGUUUGGGGAGGAAAGAAUUCUGAAAAGAGCUUGGGAGAAGUCACAGUGCAGAAUCUAAACAUAAUCCUAAAGUCUGGAUGCAGCACUGAUGUCAGGAGGGUUAAAAGAAUCUUGGAUGGGGAUAUUUAAUGUAGAUUUUGCCUCUACUGGACAUGGAUUAUUUCUGAUUUGGUGUGUUCAGGUUAUAUGUGAGCAGUUCAGGAAGGAGAAUGAAGCAGAGACCUCAGGAAAGGCUGGUGAGGCUCUUUCAAGGACAGAGCAACACACCUGUGAUGGGAGCAGAAGUUCUCCUUUGGGCUCUAAAUGCUCCAAGAACAGACUCAAACCUCUGCUGGCCUCCAAGUCCAGUCUUGGAAAGCAGAAAAUAAAUUCCUGCCCUUGGUUGUCAACAGGAGGAGGAGUUGGGUUGGUUUUUGCUUUGUUGCCAGGUGUCUGAACAAGUGUCUUUUCAAAACAGAGACUUACAUCUGAUUAAAACAGUUGAUUUGGAGAGGUCUGCAGUAGGUGCUUUGGAGGGUGUCAGACCAGAUGAUGGCAGAAAAGACUAAAGACUGGUAGUGGAUGAUAGGGUGAGUACCAGGGAUUUGUCUGAACUAAUUUUUGUGAAGUACUGAUGAUUUUUUUGUCAAUGGAACCUGUUAAUUUACUGAAGAUCCUCCAAACUGAUGUCAGUCUGAGGAUGCACCAGGGUCACCAAGGCACUGGGCACUUCUGACCUUGACUAAAGUGGGGGAAAUUGCCCAGAACCACCACAAAAAUCCCUGUUCUGAAUCCUUCCAGAGCCUCUCCCUGUGAAGCCCAGGGCCUGUGAGAGAGCAAGGGGGACCCCAGUGCUGGGUCCCUUGUGGGCCCUGGUGGAUAAAGCACUCCAUGAAUCUCAGGCAGAAAUGAAUUGUUUUAAUGGAAUAACUGAGUCCAAUCACUCGGGGUUCCCACUCCCAGUGCUGACAGGGGUGAGGGGAUGCACCUGGAUGUUCUGUUUACAUGGUUCCUGUGUUACCCUACAGCCAAAAACCCCAAAGCAGCAGCCUUGCCCAUCUUCAGGCUCACUCUUCAUGCCCUGCCUCAUUGGUUCACACCUUGGGCUGUUGUAUUUCCUGUUAGAUUUGUUCCUACAAAGCAUUUCUUUGUUGCAGGACAUAAAUCUGGUACAAGAGCUGAAGGGUUGAUGCUCUGAGCAGGCUGAGUUUUGUCCUGAAACAACCAGAAUUGCAGUUUGCUGGUGAGAGUGAAGCUUCCUCGUGGAAACCAGUCUGUGGUACAAGGUUGGGAUGUAUUCCUGGUGAAGGUGGGAAAGCAGAUAGAAAGUGAAAUGUCCCAGAAAAUCAAAUUUCCCAAAAUUCUUCAGUUCUCUUUGCUGGAGUGAGCUGUGUUCUAAAGAUCACUGACCCUAUGGAGAUAAACCACUGUCCUGCACAAGCUGUACUUGAAGGUGAAAUUGGUGUUUUAGCAACUGUUCCCUGCUGCAGAGUGUUCAGCUGAGAUGAUUGAUACCUAAAAACUGUGGCUGUUCAUCAGGGCUUUAAAAAUGUUACUUUUUUAAUAUAUAUUGUAUGUGGGAGCAUAAGCCAUCAGUUUGUGUGAAACUUCAGCUUUCUUCUAGAAUAACUGCUCUUAAAAAAAAAGUCAAAUUGAUCUCAAAGGUGUUCAUGGGGCUUGUUUGUGAGUAGCUUUAAAUUCAGCAUUAUCCAGCAGAUGAUGGGGUGGGUGGGUGGGUGUUCCUGGUGGAUCUGAGCAGUCUCUCAUGCCCCAGAGCACCCUGGCAGUUCCUCCUGCAGAAGGUUCAUUUUCAUCAUUUUCAUUUUCCAGCCCCGCUCCUGUUCCACACUCUGGGGGUUCCUGGUGGAUCUGAGCUGUCCCCCAUGCCCCAGAGCACCCUGGCAGUUCCUCCUGCAGAAGGUUCAUUUUUUAUCAUUUUCAUUUUCCAGCCCCACUCCUGUCCCACACCCUGGGGAAGUCUCCUGCAAAUGGUUCACCAGUUCACUUUACAGCUCUUGUCUCUCUGAUGGUACCAUUAAUGUAGUUUUUAAUUACACAGCAUUGCAAUACAGUGCCAUUUUGCAAUUUCUUUGCGUUGUACUUGAAAAUAAGUUGAAUUGCAGACUAUUUAAAACUGCUUUCCUGCGCUUUCAGUAGCAGUGAGAGCUUACCUUAUGUGAAGCCUUUAUGUAAAAAUAUAUUUUAUAACAACCUCAUAGAUCUUUAACAAAACCAAGAUUUGUAUUAGCUUUGUAUAAAUGUUUGUGGCUUACAAUUUUAUAUGUUUAACUUUUUAUAAACUUUCCAGGGACUACUUUUUAUUGUAAAUUUUUUUUUUCUCUCCUUGCUUUAGUUUGAGAUUGGCAAUAAAUUAUUUCUAAGGGAGGUCAUAGAAGAAAAAGCAUCACUUCUUUUUUAUAAAACAGUUAAAUCAAUUCAUAGUUUCAAGCCUCUUACACUUGCCUGUACAUUGCUCUGUACAUACUCCCCAAAAGUGUUGCCUUUCAGCUAUUAAUAUUUGCCUUGUGUACAAAAGUACUGACGAUGAAUAAACAUAUACAGCCUCA